UUCUGUCUGACAGUCUGGUUCCAGUAUAACAACUCCACAGGUGGACCCCUCCACCUCCUCCUCUUCUUCCUCCUCUACCUCCACCACUACCACAGCGAAAGCAGAGGAGAAGAAGCUUUUAUCUAAAGACUCGAUCCUGUCCCUGUACGCAAGCAGCUCAGUGGGCAGUCAGCCACAAAGCCAGCAACAGCCUGCUCCAGGACAAGGCAGUGUGUACAUGGGCCAGCCCCAGAUACAGUUCACUCCGCAGGGCUACGCCACAGCAGUGGCUGGAAGUAUCCCACCCACCACCACCAUGAUGGGGUCUGGGGCCAUGGUGUCUGGGAUGGCACUGCCAAAUGGGGGCUACAUGAGCAUGCAGCAGGGUGCGAUGCCUGCCAACCAAGGACAGAACAUGUACAGCAUGCAGCAAGGACAGUGGAAUAUGGGCCAGAUGACCCAGCAGAUGUCAGGCAUGGCUCUGAGUGGUGGAGGGCCUGCGCCAGCUGCUUCCAGCCAAUCAGGCACCCCUGGGGCCGGUUGGCCCGCAGCUCCAUCCCCGGCUUCAGGCCAGACCCUCAGCACUCAGCUGUGGAAGUGACGAGGAUGGGGUCCAGAGGAUGUGGUGGUGCGGUGGGGAGUGGAGGGCAGCGACAUGGCAAGAAAACACCCAUAUUUUCCAACCAAUCCAUGUACCUUCAGCUCUGAUUAUAUACAGCAAGGACAGUCCGUGUGCCCCAACACACCUUCACCGCAGUUCCUUUAGAGGGCCAAGAUGACAUCACAAUGGAUUGGAGCAGUAAAAAACAAAACGAAAAAAACCCGGCAACCGCUAUGUUGCGUCUAUAGUUGACUUCCUUUUCUUUUCUGGUUUCCUUUUUGUUGUUGUCGGAAAAAGACAAAGAAAACAAAAGAGAUGUAACAAAGCUGCUGGAGCAAAAACUCCAAGUGUCUGUAAUACUAAGAUGAUAUCAUUACCAAACUGGAUAGUUAGUCUCUCAGUAUCUGCAGUAGAUAUGGUAGAUAUGGCUGUCUUGUGGUUGGUCUAUGCUACCUGUCCUCUCCCUUCUCUCUGCACUGUAUAUUGUGAUGGUCCCUCUUCCUUCCCUUCCUGCUCCUUUAGGGCAAGCACAGCCUCGUAGCAGAUAAUCGUCCAGUACUGUAUUUAUGUGAAAAAAAAAAGUGAAUCUCCUGGGUUUUUUCAGGGGAGAGAGGUCAAUGCUUCAGCUCAGAAAAACUUUGGUCGAAGGUUUUUUAGCCUCUGCUAAAAAAAAUGAGGUCUCGCUGACCUGCUAAUACAGUAGGUUUUACUUUUAUUUUUGCACUAAUGAUCAAACAGUUCAACCAUUUUCCCUUUGAAACGUGUGAAGUCAAGCUGUCUUGUUUCAGUCUCUGCGGGUUCAGCUUAUUCCCACAGCAGACAGUGUACUGAUGACUUACACCAGUGGUUUUCAGUUGUGGGGAAACCACUUGCUCAAGGUAUAUAAUAAAUCUCUGUGUUUAUGGUAGACUUUUUUUUUUUAAAUAAACAAUUAAAUA